AUCAGUUUAUCGUAUAUGUGAAAUUGUAUAUAAAUACAUGAAGAGUGUGCUUGUUUAAUAAGAAUUACUAUCAGAAAUGGAGAAAAUGGUGUUCAGGAAAGCUAUGCUUCUUGCAUUCUUGUUUUCACUUUCAUGUGCAUUGGAAGGAGAAGCAAGAGUUAACGAAGAAAUGAGAGAUGUAACGAUACAACGAGGAGGUUCUUGUAACAACGACAAUGUUUGUCAUAAUCAUUGUCCAGGAUGUGCUAUCACGCGGUGUAUUUUCAACCAAUGUGUUUGUUCUCGGUGUAAUCCUCCACAACAACAGUUACGCGAUGUAACGAUACGGCGUGGGGGUUCUUGCAACAACGACAAUGUGUGUCAUAAUCAUUGCCCGCGGUGUGCUAUCACACGGUGUAUUUUUAACCAAUGUGUUUGUUCUCAAUGUAAUCCUCCACAUCAACAUUUACGUAUUAAAUCUCAUAUGUAAACUUAUUUCUAACAUUUCUUCAAAUCUGAGAUGAAAAGAUGGUAUCAAUAAAACUUUUUGCAUAGUUUAGUAG